AUGGCCCCGCGCGGCGCGGCGCCGAUCCUGCCGCUGGCGCUCGCUCUGACCGCCGUGGCCGCGGUGUCCUGGGCACGGGGACCGUCGGGCACGCUCUGGUUCCGGCAGGGCUGCGCCGCGCUGGGCCGCUGCUGCCCGGGCCGUGACCCGACCUGCGCGACCCGCGGGCCCCCUCGCUGCUUCUGCGAUCAGGCGUGCAGAGAGGUCCGGGACUGCUGCCCCGACUACGCGCGGGCCUGCCCAGCGGUCUCCUGCGUCGUGGCAGAGUGGAGCGGCUGGAGUCGUUGUGUCAAGCCCUGCCAGGUCUCUUACCGUCUCCGCCAAAGGCGUGUCCUGCAGGAGCCAAGGAACGGGGGUGCUCCCUGCCCCCCAUUGGAAGAGCGGGCUGGCUGCGUGGAGUACUGGAGCCACCAGGGGGUGGAGUGCCAACAGUCCUUGCUCCCUGCUCUGAUAACCACAGGCAGCUACGGGAAAGAACGAGAAAAGCGAGGUGUCCCCAAGAAGCAGGAGACAAUAGGGUACUGUGUCCAGUUCCGGCUGGGGCCCGUUCCAGGGAGCUGCCAGCAGGUGAGGGCACCCCAUGCCCAGUGGACAAGGUAUCUGACCCAGGGCCACACAGUUUGUGUGAGGUGUGAGUGGCCUGCCCAGGAUGCCAGGAGCCGGCGCUGCUACGGGGAUGGUGGAGGGGCCGGAGGGCACCAGCUGUCGCUGUGGCAAGCGGCCGGCCACCCCCGGUGCCGAGGGACCUGGGAGAGGCUUGGGCAGCUCCAGGACUGUUCCUGCCCCGAGGUCCACAGCCUCGUCUUCCUCUAGCAGCGGUGACCCCCGUCUGUCCAGAGCCCUUCUUUCCAAAGCCUCCCUGGGUGACAGGGAAACCCCCAGGGCUUGGGAUCCUCCAGGACGA